AUGGCGGUUGUCUUGGUAAAACAUCAAAUUUCUUUUCUAAACAAAAAUUCCCGGUAAAAACAUUUGCAAAGACAUCGAAAAUUUGUCCAUAGCAGAAAGUAAAUUGAGUACAGAGUGUGGAAUAUAAGAAGCGUUGCUUCCAAGAAUUAUAAAAUGGUCCAUGUUAAUUCAAAGAUGACACCCAGAGAAUUCAUAAAUAAGGUAGCCAGUCUUUUCAGUCUAAAGCAAAGCAUGAUCUGUGUAACUUAUGAGUUCCAACCGGUAAAAGGAGAAGACAGCAUAACCAUCGAGAUAGAGGAAAAUGAUGACAGCAGUUUAUUAUAUGCUAUCAAGGUAUUGGGAAAUUAUUCGAAGUUGUCAGUUGAAGUUAAUAUUCAAAAAGGUCUUGGUGUCCCAGAAAUUGCUCUAAAUGAUGGAAAGAGGAAGAGCAGAACCAAAGAAGUCAUUUCAGAGCAGCUGAAAAGAGAGAUGGGCCUGCAUGAUGACCAAGGACAGAGAAAAAGAAAGUUCAUGGAUGCAACCUGGACUGAAAAAUGCAAUGAAUUAAUGGAGGAAGAUUCAAGAUUUCUUCUAGAGUUUGACAAGUUGAAAUCUGGAAUGAAGUUGGUUUUAGGUAAUAGUGAUUAUCUGGUAAACCCAUUUCAGGUUAUUUGCCCCUGUUGUGGUGAACUUCGAGUGCUGAGUUGCAUGAAUCAAAUGAGAACAUUUUGCCAGCAUUUAAAGGACAAACACUACGAAACAUCAAAAGGAGUGGACCUUGUGACAAGGUUAGGAGCGUGGAUUAAGAACAAUUUCAUAACAGAAACUGAACUUUCACUUCAAACUCCUCUUCCAUUUGGACUCAUUUCUCCAACACCAAUUCUGAGUACACCACGGGUCAGGAAAGCAGUCCUGGCCCGUGAUAUUUCUUAGGGGCAUUCACAAGAGGAAAUUUCAGAAAAUGCACAUAACUAUUUGAUAAGUUCAAGAACUUUUUAAAAAUAUCCCAUUCUAAAUUAGAAAUUGAAAAAUACUAUUUUACAGAUAUAUAAAACAGCAGACCUUCAUAGAACCAUGCCUUGUGUCUGUGUACAAUUGUGUGACUUGCUAUAAUUUUUUUAUACACCUCAUUUUGAAAACCUGUGAAACAGAGUAUUGAUGUAGUCAACACAAAUUCCAUCGUAAAUGUUUUCAUGGCUACCUGAAGAACUAAAAAUCAGUCUGAUAAUCAACACAAAAGUUAUUAUCAUUUUUUU